AUGACGACAGAGCCUGCCACCUCUACGGUCUUAUCCUCUACUAUUCUCUCCGUAGAGAUCGAGUCUGUCACACCGAUAACUGUAUUCUCAUCAGCCUCUGCUGGAGAGACAGAAUCAUCAUCCAUAGCCUCUUCUGAAACGACAACUAUUGCCGAAAGCACCACGAAAUAUGAGCCAUUAGUCUAUACCACCUCAGCUGCAACUUCAGCUGAGACAUCAACUGGAGAGACAUCCACCACGACAACAUCUAUUGAGCGACAACCCACCAACUUAAUUCGCAAUUCCGGUUUUGAAGACCUUACCUUCGCGCCCUGGGAGGCAGUCGUGGUAGCAAAUCGCGGGUGGCUAUCCAUCCGCAGCGACACGUCUCGCCCGGGAUCGCUUCAGUGUGGUGUUUUCGAUUCUUCAGUUCCGCCUACAGGGGGGCUCAGACGCAGACUUAUCCAACCAAUUGUCUGGUCCGUUAAACAAGAUAUUGACCCUUCCACGAUCAUCACCGGCAAAGAAUAUCGCUUUUCAAUUUUCCAAAAGAUCACAGCUUCUGGCGGCUGUAAUGCCCAGCGGUUAGGAUGCGGUGGCGGAGGAACCUCGGUCGGUUCGGGGGAGUUUGGAGGGCCCUUGAAUGCAUGGGCUUUGGGAGCAAUUAGCUGCACUUGGAAUCAAGCUCAGCUUGAUGCUGGAUCCUACGUUUAUGUGAAUAUUAUUUGCAACUCUGUCACUUUCUCUCUUGACGAUGCUGCCUUGAUAGAAAGAGAGGCAUCGCAGUAUUGA